AUGAUAACUGAAGAUCAAAUAGGCCACGAAAAUCUGAUCGCCAUCGCAUGGUUUACUAUUUUAAUGACUUAAUUAGCUCGUUUAGUACUUAUGUUGAGGCCUUAGCUUCGCAGCCGCAUAAAACUUUUGACGAUACGUCAAUCGAUGUGCAGCAAUUUCUCACUGUUCUCGAAAACAUAUUUUAUGAUGGCUUAAGAGGUAGGUUUGUCCCUACACUCUGUUUACUUGCCAAGGUUCCUCAAAGUGGCGAAACAAUGACGGUGUCUGGAAAUUUAUGUCUACUGUAUGCAGGCCAAUUCCGCACAGUUGCAUUGCCCUCGUGGACGCUUUGGACAACCUGAAGAGCAGUAUAAGUAAAGUAAUCCUCGUGCCCGUUGAUUGACCUUAUGAUUGUUGUUUUGCUUUGGUACCCGGCACAUUUAUUUACUUCCGCAUGAUUAUCAUGUUUGCACUGGUCGGCUUUUUUAAAAAUCUAUGCCUUUAUUCCAAGUCUCUUUCGCAUUAGAUUUCGUCUCCCGUAAUAUUCCUAAUUGUUUUUUUAUAAUUCACGUGUGUGUAAGAGUUUCCAUUUCUUCUAUAUUUAGUAUUAUGCUUGGCCUAGACCUAUUCUGCCCAUUUUAUGAUUGUGAAAUACCUUUGCACGAAGUUAAGUCGAUGUUAAUACGCUCCUGCAUCGCCAUAUAACAGUUUAUCACCGCUUAGCACCAGCUCUUAUUUGAUCCUUAGUCUUUGCUUUCUAAAUGCGUCAGCAAAUUUUCGUGGCCAUAAGUCGAUGCUGCAAGAGCAGUUCAAAUAUCUUACCAUAAAGAAGAAGAUGCGAUCGCAGAAGCGUGAGGUUUAUUGGCCUGACGUUUCGGAUUCUUACUCUUGUUCCAGCCAUCGCAGCUUCUUCUUCUGAACUGCUUCCUGGAACUCGUCUGUUCGCUUCUAUUGGCAAUCACCGAGCUUUAUGUCUACGUGCUCCGACCCAUUUUUUCGCCCUUUCUUUUCCUCCUCAGAGCCACGCUUUGACACUUUAAAUUUGGAUGCUUACAUAUUUUUCGGCACCAGUUAUCUUUAACACAAGUGCAAUUUUCGUUGUUUUCUUCUUUUUUAAGCAAGUUAUCUCUUAAAAAUCUUGUACAAACUGUAGCCCCUUGUGAUUGAGUGGCCACAUUAAUGGGGCACAUGGAUUAGAAGAAACUGAUCAUUAUAGCCACAUCCACACUCAGAUGCUCUCUAUGCGAUCUUUUGUUGAUUCUAAUAUACUGUCUGAAAUGUGCAGUCCAUAGCCAUGAUAUGAGUGUGGGUUUUUGGCCUGAAGUUUGGAUCUCUGACACCAAAGAUCCCAGAGAGUCGCGACUUUUGCAGUAACUUAUUAGUUUUCUGCCUCUCUGUUUCUUUACACUGUGACCUACGGUUUCCUUGUCGCGGUGGUCGGCAGCUAACUUUGGCAUGUAGACAUAGUGCCUCCAGUCAUACGAGAACUGGCCCGUCAUUGGCUUGUUCCCACACAACCAUUGCAUGGUUUGCAUGUCCCGAGAUGUUGAUUUCCAAAGAACUAGAAACGAGUAUUCGGAUUCCAGGUAGACGGCAGACACCCAUAUUCUAUUUGAUGAAGAAGUGCGCCGUGAAACUGAGGGACAAGGAACGUUCGCACAUCCCAACAUAAAAAACUUGAGGUUCGCUCUUAGUUAAAUAGUCUCCUCGUAAUCUCCGUUUGCAUGACUUAACCAGGAUCGCAGAGCGUUUUGGUUUCCGCGGAAGCGGUAACGCAAAGUUUUAGACGGGAUUUCUUUUUGAAUUUGGAGUACAGUCUCGUCCCAAACGGCCACUCUGUUUUCUUGAGUUUAUAUCCAUUAGCACAUUGACUUCAGAACCUAAUUGCAGUGCCGUGGUUGAGACAGAACUCCUUUAGGGUAUAUUUCCGGUAACCACGUCACAAUGCCGCCACCGAACUUUGAGGUAUUUUACAAGGCAGUUUGUUAGUACUGUCGCUGCUGGUCCGCGAUCAUGCGUCAGACCCGAUAUCCUGCCCUUCAGUUAUUUUUCACCCUUAGGUAUGCCGGAUGUCCAUCAGCUUACCCAACAGGUAUAUCUGUCCUCCCGACCUUCGCUCCAUUCAUUCUGACAGACAGGUUUCUGCUUACUGUUAUUCUCACUCAGAUUUGGUGUCGACUGAAUGCACGGUUCCUAACUGAGCAGGUUUGAUGGCUAUUCGUGAAUACACUUCAAAAAUAUUUACAUGAUAAUUCGUCCGCCGUAACGACCAGAAGCCAAAAAUCACGUCCUUCAUUGACCUCUCUACAAUGUCAACUUCCGCUUCUCACGAAAGUGCUGAAACCCUGCGGAACAUUCCUCAUAAGUUGUCCAAGAAGGUCACUGUUAACGCCCCUGCGCUGGAAAUGUCGCACGCGUAUCUAACUCAAUGUUUGAUUCACCACGUUAAGUCAACACCUCUUCCGGGAAUUGCCACCCCAACUAUUUGCUUUUUGCUGCCGCAAGCAGAAGUAUAUCGGAAUCAUCGACCCUGCACAACGUGGUACAUAGCCCAGAUAUACCAGACCAGUCAGGGCAACAGCCUUAUCAAGUAUAUACGUUUCCUGGUCCCAGAACGGGCUGCACUUUUGUAUUUGUUUUGACCGGGCUAUAGAGACGUCUAAAUCACUCUGUACGGAGGUGCAAAGCCACGUAAGCCAGUCAUCUUUACUUUCUGUUGGAAGCGAGAAUGGGGGGGGGUCAAAAAUAUAAUCUCACUCUUUGGUGCAGCCAUCAACUUCAUUCUAUAUUGCCCGUCUAUUUCAGUCAGGACAAACAGAAGCUAAAGGCCCUCUGGUUUAGUGCUAGUCUUGGGCCACGACUGUUGCCUGCGAAGCGAUGAGCAACGAAGUGAUAAGUAUUCGUGUGCUUUCACAUGACAAAAAACGUUCUGCCGUUCGUAUUGCGUCGCACUCAGUCUACAAUUGCAUAACCUUAAAUGUUUAUUGCAUUUAGUAUAUUUCUUAGAUCACCUAAACCAGUCCUCGUAGUACUUACAACUGAACAAGGUCCUUGAAUAAAUACGCGUCAUUUUGCCUCCGCUGUACAUAUUCUGUAUUAUUUGUACUUGUCGCAAAGUUAGUAAAGCAGACCCUCUGUCUGUGUUUUGUCUGAUAUGUUAGUUUGCUUUCAGCUGCGCGCUCUUCUUCGCCUCGGCUUGCAGUCCAAGCGCCUGCAUCUCUAUUUUGACGCAGCUAUCAAUUCAAGGGACAUAA